AUUUGGGUCUGCCCUUUUCGGGUAAUUCAUAUUUCUUAUUUACAAACAAACAAAAGAAUAAAUAAACAUAUUUACAGUUAACUGCACAAACAACAGCCCACCCUUGAGGGGGGUCCACUGGUUACGUCUUUUGUGAUGACUUUGAAACCCGUUAAUAAAUAAAUAAAAAUAAAUAAACACAGCUAGCCAAAAUGACAUACUUAUAAACUUAUGGUUCUCUAAAUAUAAAGGUCAACAACUCAAGGUCCCUAGACCCUAGAGUAAGCACUCUCUGUAGCCUUUUGUGCUAGGGGCAAGCCCAUAAUUUGAUGCUCUUUGCAACUGUUGAACCUUACAGAACUCGCUAGUCACGUAAUAGCCUUAGGGCAAAGGAGGGGAUUAAAAACUGAGGGUGUUAUAUUCACGAAAAACACAUAAACAAUUAUAAAUAGAAAACUAUGUUUUAAAAGGCCCUUCAAAAUUUUAAAGCAACUCGGUAAUUGUUAAGUUUCUCUUUAGAAUCGGCGUGUCUGUUGCGGCAUUUGGUAAACGCAUCUGGAGGCCCACAUCCAGCGAUCUCACCUUGUGUUGGGUGGUUCGCAUGACUUGUUUCGUGACCCGUCCUUUGAUAAGCAAAGGCAUGCAAACUUUCCACAAGUCUAUAUAACAGUACCCUACCAACUAGAGAUACUGAGCACUGAAAACAACACAGGUAUCACCAGCAUGAGUGGAUCGCGAUUCAAGCCGUUGAGCGGGGAGAUCGCUGAUCAGACAACAAAAAGAAACGACUACGAACUUCGUCGACUUCGUCAGCAACUGGACACCAUGGAGACAGAAAGAGUCAAACAGAUGCGCAGAAUUGAGAGCAACCAGAUCGACUAUGCUUUGCAGAAUCUUUCUCUUGACCAGGCACAAGGCUUUUCUGACCUUACCAAGAAAAUAUUGCGCGCGAAUUUCCUUCCACCUGUAAGACAAACUCGCUCUGCAGGAAAUGAAGAUCCUGAUAGCACAUCUCGAGUUCAGUUUAUGUCUGAACUCGCUGAGCGGUUAAGGGAGACUUCAAUCAUCGCCAAAUCGGCGCAUUCGGAAGCAUUCGAACAGGCCUUGAAGAGGAAAGCCGAGAAAGAUCGGAUGUUGUUGAACGGCGAUAGUGAGAGCAGUAAAAGGCAGACAAGGACUGGGCAAUUGGGCUCAAAAUCUUCCGGGGCCUUUACUCAGUUAGGGAAAACUACGAAAAAAACAAUGCCUGCUUAUUCACGAUACAGCUACAAUAUUUCCGCAAACAACGCCACUAAAAAGGGAGAUGCUAUUAGCAACCGACAGGGAUCCUGCAGUAGCGAUGAUGUCGAAUUUGAAGGAGGACAAAAAUCCAUUAGUGAUGUUAUAACAUUGAAACUCCUCAGCCGAGAAGCCGCAAGGAAACGUAGAAUGGAGGGGAAUGUUCAAAGGAAACAGAACAACAAAGAUAAAGCCUACUCGUCAGCAUUUGCUAAUUGCGUCCAUAUAACAGUAGCCAACGAAAGCAACUCAGAAGAGACCUCUGUAGGUAGUCUGGAAUGAGACACGAGAAGACGAAGUGAGGACAUAAUAUUAUUUUUACACAUCUUCCUUUUCUAUUUCCUCUUGUCUUUUGGAAACUCCAAAGCUAUCUAUGACCACGGUCACCGGGAAAGGGGAUCUUUUCUUGUUUGUGUAAAGCAUGUAGUAUCGAGCAACUAUUUAUGAGAUAUAAGAAAUCAAUCAUGUACCUUUGACAUAUUAUAUUUUGCUUAUUACUGGUAUACCUGUGGUAGCCCAGUUGUAAAAUGCAACUGUUUUUUUUCGUCGUC